AAUAAAGUUAUCUGAAUUAUAAGCUUUGAUUAAUGAUAUUAAAAGGAAUGAUUCAGAGAUUUUAAUUUUUCCUUAUACUUCUAUAAAAACUUAUCUGAUCCAUAAGUUAUGGCAAACUCAAUUUGGAUUAAGUUAAGUACCUUACGUCAUGCACCGGCGGCGUUUCUACAACCGUAUCGUACAACUACGAAUAAGCAUUUUAACCCAAAAUAUAAAAAAGAGAGGGCAGCUAAAUAUUUGAAGAUAGAUCUGCCAAAAUUUGAUGAAGAUGCAGGGAAUAUGAGUCCGGAAAAAGUUCGUCAGAAAAUGAAGGAAAGAGGAAUGUUACCACCAAGACCUUGGAUUGAGCGCCCAUUUUAUAUUUCUGCUACAGGUGGUAUAUUUGAGGCAUACAUCCCCCCAGAGGGAGACGGUAAGGCGUCAAUAGUAUCCACCACACGAGCAAAACAAACUGUUCAACUUCUUGAAAAGAAGUCCAAAUCAAUGAUGGCAGUACGCAAAAUUAAAUCAUUUGAAGAAGACUUUACCACCAAUGAAUUUUGCAGUCAAGCGCAAAAUAUUUACAUCAAAGCCCAUGAAAGUAUUGCUAACCAUGAUAAAGAAUCACUACGGUUGUAUGUUACGGAGAAAGCAUACCCUGAGUUUAGACAUAACACUUGGGAAAAGACCAUACAUUGGAAAUUCCUGGAAUCUCUGGAGCCUCCACGGGUGGUGCAUGCUCGUUGCACUGAUAUUGUUUCCAAAGAAAAUAUAUUUGGUCAGGUAACAGUCCGUUUCCACACACGUCAGCAGUUAGCUGUAUAUGAUCGCUUUGGUCGUUUACUCCACGGUAGUGAGAUCCUGGCUAAAGAUGUCCUAGAAUACAUAGUAUUUGAAAAGCACCUUGCUAACAUGUACGGUACAUGGCGUAUUCAUGCCAAGAUUAUACCAGACUGGGCACCUCCCAAAGACCCUUCAAAGUUAACUAAAAUCAGACCAGAACCAGAACCAGAACCAACCAAAAUGUUGGACAAACCAGAAGAAACCCCAGCGAUAGCUGAUAAGUAAUUUGUAAGAAGAAAUUAAAUUAGUUUAAAAAGUU